UUACUUCAUGCCUGGGGCUUUACAUUUUUAUUUAACGUUUACAACUCUCUUUUGCAUUCUUAUUGUCAUCAGAAAAAUGCAAAUCAAAAUCACGAUGAAAUACCAUCUCAUGCCAGUUAGAAUGGCUUUUGUUAAAAAAUAGCAGAUGUUGCUGAGGCUGUGGGGAAAAGGGGAACAUUUUUACACUGUUGGUGGGAAUGUAAAUUAGUUCAGCCACUGUGGAGAGCAGUUUGGAGAUUUCUCAAAGAACUAAAAAUUGAACUACCACUCGACCCAGCUAUCUCAUUACUGGGUCUAUACUCAAAGGAAUAUAUAUCGUUCUAUCAAAAAGACAGAUGCACCCAUAUGUUCACUGCAGCACUAUUCACAAUAGCAAAGACAUAGAAUCAACCCAGGUACGCAUCAACAGUGGAUUGGAUAAAGAAAAUGUGCUAUAUAUACACCAUGGAAUACUAUGCAGCCAUAAAAAAGAACAAAAUCAUGUCCAGGAAGAGGGGAGGACAGCAACAUGGAUACAGCUGGAAACCAUUAUCCAAAGUGAACUAAGGCAGAAACAGAAAACCAAAUACUGCAUGUUCUUAUAAGUGGGAGCUAAACAUUGGAUACACAUGGACACAAAGAUGGGAACAAUAGACUCUGGGGAAUACAAGAGUCGGGAGGCAGUUGGGGGAAAGGGUCGAAAAACUACCUAUUGUGUAUUGUGUACUUUGCUCACUACCUGGGUGACAGAUUCAUUUGUACUCCAAACCUCAGCCUCACGCAAUAUAGAUGGGGUUUCACCAUCUUGGCCAGCUGGCCAGGCUGGUCUCGAACUCCUGACCUCAGGCGAUCCCCUGGCCUCGGCUUCCCAAAGUGUUGGGAUUACAGGCGUGGGCCACUGCACCUGGCCUCAGUUUUUGUUUUUGUUUUUUUGUUUGUUUGUUUUUUGAGACUGAGUCUCGCUCUGUCCCCCAGGCUGGAGUGCAGUGGUGCAAUCUCGGCUCACUGCAAGCUCCGCCUCCCGGGUUCAUGCCAUUCUCCUGCCUCAGCCUCCUGAGUAGCUGGGACUACAGGCGCCCGCCACCACGCCCGGCUAAUUUUUGUAUUUUUAGUAGAGACGGGGUUUCACCGUGUUAGCCAGGAUGGUCUCCAUCUCCUGACCUCGUGGUCAGCCUACCUCGGCCUCCCAAAGUGCUGGGAUUACAGGUGUGAGCCACCGCGCCCGGCCUGGUCUGUCUCAGUUUUAAAACGGAAAGUCCUGCAUCCCAAGAAACCUCUAGUCCAGGCAAACCUAGGUGGGUCGCACUAGGAUGGAAUUAGGAUUUCCAGUGGUCUUGGACAGAAGGGCAACCUCUCCCUUGAGUUACGAAGGAAGGCGGAGAGAUGAAGGGCAGGAUUAAAUAAACAAGUAUGCGGGCUUUGGAGCCAGGGCAAAGCUCUGCCUCUUAGCUGUGUGAUCUUGAAAUUAUUUAACCACUCAGAUUCAGUUUCCUGUAACUUGGGAAUAAUUAAACAAGAAUGAGCCGUGUGAAAGUGCCUAUCCAACUGUAGUAGGCUCGCAGCAAGAGUUUAAAUCGUUUUUAUUCAUCUCCGGUCCUAACUUUUGCCGCUGCUCUGUGUUCCACUCUUCUAUCAUCUUUAAUUUCUCUGCUUGACUUGUUCCUGCUUUGUUCUCUCUGGUCCCUCUCCGGUCGCUCCUGCCACUCACGUUGAGUACCAUCCACCACUAGAGGGCGGAAUAGAACAAACCAAGAUGGGUGCCCCUCUAGCUCUCUAUGGCGUCUGCUCGCCGAGCCCCGCAAAAGAGGCGGGGAUUCCAUCAUGUGACCGGGGUGCUGGGCGCCGGCGCAGGCGCGGUUGCUGCGUAGUCGUCGCCGGGCUCCGUUGCCCGCGCUGUUUUACCUUCUCAACGCUUGAGGCGGACGCUGGGGGGUCCUGCGCCUUUCCCUCCUGCCGCUGGGGACUGCAGGCUAAGGCCAUGUCCCGAAAGCAGGCGGCGAAGAGCCGGCCGGGCAGCGGCAGCCGGAAAGCCGAGGCCGAGCGCAAGCGCGACGAGCGGGCGGCGCGCCGGGCCCUGGCCAAGGAGCGGCGGAACCGGCCGGAGUCUGGCGGCGGCGGCGGCUGCGAGGAGGAGUUCGUCAGCUUCGCCAACCAGCUGCAGGCCCUGGGGCUGAAGCUGCGGGAGGUGCCGGGGGACGGCAAUUGCUUGUUCAGAGCUCUUGGUGAUCAAUUGGAGGGACACUCACGAAAUCAUCUCAAGCACAGACAGGAGACAGUGGACUACAUGAUAAAGCAGCGGGAAGAUUUUGAACCCUUUGUAGAAGAUGACAUUCCUUUUGAGAAGCAUGUGGCCAGUUUGGCAAAGCCUGGUACUUUUGCUGGCAAUGAUGCAAUUGUAGCCUUUGCAAGAAAUCAUCAGUUGAAUGUAGUGAUUCAUCAACUUAAUGCCCCUUUGUGGCAGAUUCGUGGUACAGAGAAAAGCAGCGUGAGGGAGUUACACAUCGCAUAUCGGUACGGAGAGCACUACGACAGUGUUCGGAGGAUCAAUGACAACUCAGAGGCACCUGCACAUCUCCAGACGGAUUUUCAGAUGCUUCAUCAAGAUGAAUCAAAUAAAAGAGAAAAGAUCAAGACAAAGGGAAUGGACUCUGAAGACGACCUGAGAGACGAAGUAGAGGAUGCUGUCCAGAAAGUUUGUAAUGCAACUGGAUGUUCAGAUUUUAAUUUAAUAGUCCAGAACCUGGAAGCUGAAAAUUAUAAUAUUGAAUCUGCAAUAAUUGCCAUGCUUCAGAUGAACCAAGGGAAGAGAAAUAAUGCAGAAGAGAAUCUUGAGCCCAGUGGUCGAGUGCUGAAGCAGUGUGGCCCUUUGUGGGAGGAGGGUGGCAGUGGUGCCAGAAUCUUUGGAAAUCAGGGCUUAAAUGAAGGCAGGACUGAAAACAAUAAGGCACAGGCCAGCCCUAGUGAAGAAAACAAAGCAAAUAAAAACCAGCUCGCAAAGGUCACAAACAAACAGAGGCGAGAACAGCAGUGGAUGGAGAAGAAGAAGCGGCAGGAGGAGAGGCACCGCCACAAAGCCCUGGAGAGCAGAGGUAGCCACAGGGACAAUAACAGAAGCGAAGCAGAGGCGAACACGCAGGUCACCUUGGUGAAGACCUUCGCCGCUCUCAACAUCUGACUCUUUGGCCUCUUGGGAGUUGUAAGAAGCGGCUGGAAAAGGAUUGCUGUGUGCUAGACUUUCCAGUGAGGCCGUCCUUUUAUAAAACGCAACACAACCAACAAAGCCCACACAUGAGCUCACACACUGAGUUAGUUUCGUUCAAGCUGCCUCUUUUUUUGUUCGAAGUUUUAUUAGUGAUAUGUUGGUGUUUUAUGAAAAUGCAGUGAGGCCAUUCAUAUUCUGUAAUACAAAAUUAAAAUACUGAGUUUUAGGGGCAGAUAGUUAGGUCAGGAAAAACCUGUUAAGUGGUGGCUUUAUUUGCCCUGAAAAUCAGACUUCAGUGACCCUAGGAUCUUUCCUUAACAUUUGGGGUGAGUUUUGCUGUAAUUGUUCAUGAGUGGUUUAGAAUAAUUGUUAGAAAUUCAGGAUGACAAGUUUCCUUAGUUUCUCUUUCAUUCUCAAACAGAUAUAUAGGGUAGCUUAUAAAUGAUCUCCAACUCAGGAAUAUGCUUUGAUUUACUUCUAAUCCAAGUUACUCAGAAAAUAAUUCAGGAAUUGUUUUCCCAAAGUGACGUGAGGGUUGUGGCCUGCAGUCAGGAUGGAAAUUAACCGCAUUUCUCUCCUUCCUGAUUCUGAUGUUAUUUCAGAUGGGAUGCAGGUGCUGUUAGUUCAUUUGCACUCAAGCCAUAUGAUAAAUGCAGCUGACUGUUAAUUAGGCCUGGCCUUGUUGGAAAGUUGAUAGUGGUGUUGGGUUUUUGGUAUUUGUUUCCUGACAGUGGGGAGAUGGCAUGUUACUGCUUGUGAUACAGUUCUGGAAUUCUGAUAGUGUGUAGAGCAGGGUCUAUAGUUGUAACAGGAGACGAACUCCUGGGGUUUUGCCUAAGAGGAGUCUAAAGAAUUAUGUUUUUAUAGGAGAAGCCUGGAAGAAUAAGGUUUUUCAUGUUCGCAUUUUAAAUAACGAUUUUCUUCCCUUCUGUUCUAGACUUAGAUGCCUUCAGAGAGAUACAUGGUAACUUGACCUUAUGGGUCGCUAAACUUAGUAUUGUGGAAAUUAAAUCUUAUAAAAUGCUACAUUUAUUUCUUUUUAUUUAAGCCCUGUUUGGCAUUUCAAAGUUGGGAAAACUCCAGCAUCUGCUGGAAGUUGUUGGACCAGCAGGGUUGGUUGACUUAGGUUGGACCAGCAGAGAAGAGAACAUACUUUGGUUGAGGCCUUCGAAUCACUCUUCAGUUCUGAAAUAGACAGACUUGAGCAGUGGAGAGAUGUCAUUCCUAAAACUGAGUUAGGUGGAUAUGAACUUAAGAACUAUAACGUAUGAGGCAGCCCAUCUUGGAUCAUCUUUGUCUUUUGGGACCUAAUACUUGGGCAAAUAAUUGAUGCUGAGUUGAAAGGUAAAUUAUUAGUUAUCUUCCCCACCCCUCACAUUUCAGAAUUAUAAAAAUUCGGAGGCAAAGUGAAAACUAAAAAGUUUGGUAGGCCCUGGAGUCAUCAGAUUGUCUUUAUCAUCAGGCCUUUGGCUUUCUUCAGUUUCACUGGUAUCUUUUGGUUUUGUUUUUGACUUUGGUGGCUUUUUGUAGUUGGAGCAUCAGUAGUCUCUUGGAAUUGCUCCUAGGACAUUGUGGUUUAGGUUUCUUCCUGGGUACAGUACAUUGUAAAAUUUAGCAGAUUAAAAAAAGUACACAGCAUUUUUUUUUCUGUGCACAUCGCAGAGUCCUGAGCUUGAGGCUGUGUUACUCUACUCAUUCCAAACGAAUGAAAGAUCUCUGUUGCCUUACUCUAAGGAAGUGGGAUCGAGUGCGUUAGGAUCUAUGGUUGUCUUGGUUUUCAACUCUGGGCAGAUUCCUGACUGGCUGAGUGUUUCUGAAUGAAGAUGUUUUCCUGUCUGUUUUGUACUGCUUGAGUGCAGAGGCCAGAUCCUCUCAGAAAGAUAAGAUUGUAUGCCAGAAAUUCAGAUUAGCAGUCAGCUUAAGAGAGACUUAUUGUCAGAAGUAGUAGAAUUGCUUUAUUUACUUGGUUAAUGAAGGUGGCCUUGGGCCCUAUUGGGUUUUAGAAGUUUUAGAAGCUGCUAAAAAGUUAUUAAAGAAUAUUGGGAACAUUUAUUUUUUAAAUUACCUAAUUCUGAUAAUAGGCUUCAGCAUUUCUGGAGUAUAAUAAUGGUGGUUUAAAAAACUAAUCAAACGGCUUUAAUAAUUUUCUUUUAUUACUGGUUUCACAGCUUUUCAGUUACAGUUGGUCUGUUUAGUGUGUUAAUUAUUAGGAAUAGGGUACAUGCAUCCAACUUCAGUGAUACCUUCUAGCUAAUGGUUUCAAUUUAGACUUCACUGCCUCAGUCUCACUGGGUACAUAAGAAGGUUGGAAUCAAUAUGCUUAGUUGCCUCAGUGGGCACUUGAAAAUUACUUCACUGGCAGCCCGAGUGGAGGCCCAGUAUGUUUAGUCCUGGGAUGACUGUUGUCAGCAGCUGUUACUCUAGUACAGGUACUCCUGUGAACUCUUUAUUAGGAACUGAAUGUGUCUUAACCUCUGUGUUACAUCUUGGCUGGCAGAGAUUUAUGUUACAUGAGAUUGUCUUGGUAGCUUGUAGUGUGGUCAGGAGAAAAGGGAUGGCGCAGUGGUGCAUAGCUGCUUACUGCUCUUAUAAACGGUAUAGAAAGGUUUUACGGAUUUUGAAAAUAUUUUUUUUUAGAGGUCAAAAUAAAUACCAUUUUAGUGGCAACAGCUUUGAACUAGAGAGGUAGAUGUAUUAAAGCAGCAUAGAACCAUAACUUCUAGAUAAUGUAGUUGCCACUAGGAGAUAUUAGAAAGUUAGAAUGUAUGUGUGUAUUUAGUUUUUCAAUAAUAAUGAACAUACACUUUCAGGAGCAAAGUAUGAUUGAGAAAUUGUGGCAGAAAGAAUUUUAAAUGUUAGUCGAAGUUGUCUGUAGUUUCUUUAUUAAGCUCUGAAAACACUUCCAAUGCCAGUUUGAUUCUGAGGGCUUGGGAAGUGGGAUCUCCCUUGUGGAGCAGCUGGAGCUGGCUGGGAGGGAGCCUUUCCAUGGGUAAUUUAUUAUGCCUGCCCUGCUUCCCCCAGGGAGCUGCUUCAGUGUGAAAUGAUGUGAUUGUCGGGGGUGGGGUGGGAGGAGGGCCACCUUCAGUCGGGGAGUUGCUCACAUAUUACACAGGUAGCAUCAGAUGGACUUCGGCGCUGAACUGUACUAGUAGUGAGUCCCUGUAGUCAAUGUGCAAUUUCUCUAAUUCUGAGAAACUCUGUAGACUCUGCCUGGGUUUUACUGGGUCAGCAUAGAAUGCUAUCAGUUUACCUCUGUGAAAUAUUCAGUCAGUUGAAAGAAACUUGGAUUCCUAGUCAGAGGUGACUAAAAGUUACCCUGACCAAAAGGAUCUCUGCGGGGGGAAGAGAAUGGAGCUUCCUGAUUUUAAUGUGUUGCGUCAGUGGCCCUCUUCGACUCCCGUUUUGGGUAGAUGCGUAGCUCUUCACUUUCUUACCUCAAGGCUCUGUCUAGCCAUGUUAAAUCUUUAGACUCAGUCUGAUGCAGUUUUUCUGUUUUGCCAUUCUCAUUAUUCACAGCUUCAUUCUCAUUAUUCACAGCUUUCAGAACAAGUGUUGCUACAACUCCGGGGCCUUUGACAGUUGUUCUGAGGUGAUUUAAUAAUGGACUUUUUAUAAGUUAUGUUUUCCUGGCUCUAAAGUAAAUUUUUUUUUUUUUUUGAGACAGAGUCUUGCUUUGUUGCCCAGGCUGGAGUGUGGUGGGGCAAUCUCGGCUCACUGCAACCUCCACCUCCCGGGUUCAAGCGAUUCUCCUGCCUCAGCCUCCUGAGUAGCUGGGAUUACAGGUGUGUGCCACCAUGCUUGGCUAAUUUUUGUAUUUUUAGUAGAGACGGGGUUUCACCAUGUUAGCCAGGCUGGUCUCAAACUCCUGACCUUGUGAUCUGCCCGCCUCACCCUCCCAAAGUGCUAGGAUUACGGGUGUGAGCAACCCCGCCCGGCCAGUAAAUUGUAUUUUUUUAAAUGACAUCAUUGAAUUGAAGAUCUAGAUGGCAUAAAUUACGACAUCUGCCAUCGCAUAUUAGAAAGGGGACAGUCAUAUUUGUAAUGUGGAGAGAACACGGAGCACCAGUCACCACGUGCACGGAGGAUGCAGAGCUUACCGCGCACCGCUCAUGGGGACCUCCGGAAAGAGCGGUGCCUUGUGGUUGGCCUGGAAGUUCUCUCCCAAGGUGAAAUUCCUUUAAAACCUCAGGCUCUGAUCUAUGUCUUUGAAGCAGCUGCUUUGUAGAGUCCCUCUCUUUACUGUCCUCGUUAGGACUGUUUUGUGGUUCCAUGAAAAUGUUUAGCAUCCUUGCAGAAUUACUUGAGAAGGGGCUGGUACCAGUGUAAAGAAUCUAUUUCUGUAAAACUACGAACUUUUGCAUAGGGAAUUUAUUCUAAGCAGGGCAUAGCCGUGAUCCAGAGCUGCUGCUGCUCACUGCCAGUCCUUGCGGCCGGCGGCGAUUGCCGGACAGACCCUCUGUGGCCUGGCUCUCAUCCUUGGCGUGUCAGCCUGCGGCAGGCUGCCAGCCGUCCAUGACAAUCGUGAGCUCAGCCACAGACCUCAGCUGGCGUUUUGAUCCCUGGCAGGUCCCUCGAGCAGUACUGGUAAGAGGCUUCACACAUUUUCCCACUCUUACAGUUCAUUUUUCAUAGUAGGAAGGGCCCUUGGCCUCCCCAGUGCCUCUUCCAGAGCCUCCACCAGCACUAAGCUCAGAGGAAAGAAGAAAAGGGCCAGGAGUCAAACGUCACACCCGGGGGCUCCCCUUUCCCAUGUAGAAGUGUUGGCAUGCGUCAGUCCCCUUUACAGAGGGGUGGAUGUAUCCGUGGAGGAGGGGCCUUCUCUCUUUCUAAUUGCACUAUACUUGUUCUAGCUUCAGUCUGGAGAUACUUAAGACCUCCAUGGGGUCGUGAUCCAUAGACUUAGCAAGUCUUGCCUUAUCUAUGGAGCUCGAUGGUGAGAAUUGUGACCAUUGUCUGAUGUCCAUAGUUCCUUCCCCCUAGAUUGUUUCUUUCCACGGAUUGUGUUCAUCUGAACCAUUUUAUUUUUUAUUUACCAAAGUACUGUACUUGGCUAUUUGCAGUGUUUUCAAAACCAAAUGUUUCUUUUUUUGUGUUUUUAAUCUUCGAUACUUGGUGCAAUAGAAGCUGCAAAGAUGUGCCACUUUAUCUAUGAAAUGGAGUUUUGUAUACCAAUAAAUUCUAGUUUAAAAACAAA